AUGAUUCAGGAUAGGUGUCAAUACCAAACUCAGGUUAAAAGGUUGUAUUUAUAUUUCUGUAUGAAGAAGAAGAAGACGAAGAAGACGAUGGCCUCCAACCUAGCGAUGGCCUCCAGCCAAGAAGAAGAAGAGGGAACACUCAUGUUUUUCUAUGGGUCUCUACCCGUGGCCUUACAUGUUGCCCAGGUACCUUGGGCAGGUUUGACCCUUACCCCGGAGCAUGGCUUGAUCAACCUGCGCCAGAACACUCAGCGGCGCGUGUGCGACGCGCUGGCGGUGCGGAAGGUGAGGAAGGUGGCGGGCGGGCGCGUGGGUCUCGGCCGCGUGUGGGAAAACACGAUCCGAAGCAAGUUGCUGAUCUUCCUGAAGAUGAAGCUGACUCCGCUACUGCUGGAUCCGCGGCUGAACAGCGACGCCUGCGUGCAGAGCAGCCUCGCGCGCCUCACGCGCUGCAUCGCCUGGCGCUUCGCGUGGCUCUUGACGCAGGGCGCUCCACGACGCUUGCCGCACGUGACGCCGAGCUACGUAACGCGGCAAACGAAGCGCCUGGUGCGCUACGCCGCGCAGCGGGCAGAGGUGGUGCGAGACAGUGUCUCAGAUGCCCCCUCGGCGAAGCUCCACGCACGUUGGGUGGUGCUGGACGCCUUUCACCACGCCUGGCGCCCGCGCCGGCGCCGGACGCUCUUCCGCGGCGCCACGGACUUCCUGCGCCGCGCGCGCGGCGCGGAGCGGCGGCAGCGCGACCGUCCAGCGGUCGGGUGA